AUGAAACUGCCAAUGCGUGCCAAGGGGCUGAGAUUUGUGUCAGUGAGUAGUCGCGCCUCGCCGGAGAAAGACAACGGUGAUGGCGUUUGUUGUUUGCACAACAGCUGUGGAUUUGUGAGUGUAUUGAAAUGACAUUCUACCAGCAGACGCUAGGAGAGCAGAGAGGGGAAAGAGAGGAGUGGAGAGCCAUGGUUCAUAAAAUGACACACUGUUACUUUCGUCUCUGGCAUGGAUUCUUGGAUUCUACCGGCCUGACCCUGAUGGCUGCUAUUUCUACUGAUUUAUGCUAUCCCUCCUCCUAUCCCUCCCUUUUAUGCUCCUACUCCACCUCAUUCUGUCUUUCCUCCUGUCAUCCACCGCCUCCCCCUUCUCUCCUUGUCCUCUCCUCGUCCUCGUCUUCCUCCUCCUCGUCUUCCUCCUCCUCCCCCUCCUCUUCUUCCUCCUCCUCCUCCUCCUCCUCCUCCUCCUCCUCCCCCCUCCUCUCCUCUUCCUCCUCCCCCUCCUCUCCUCCCCCUCAGGUCCCAAGCAGGAGAUGAUCUAUGACUUCUGGAGGAUGGUGUGGCAAGAGAACUGCUUCAGUAUUGUCAUGAUCACUAAACUGGUGGAGGUGGGCAGGGUAGGUUACUCUUUCUUUCUGUGCCUUUGCGGGCCAACUCUUUACAUAAGACAAUAGAAGAACUACCAGCGGAAUAAACUAGCUUUGUAUUAUGAGUCUACAACCCAGUGGGAAAAACUGGUUGAAAUGACAACCAGAUUCCAACCAUUAAGUCUUCCACCUUUUCUCUCUGGAAACCGGAAAGAUAGAUGAUUGUCACGGGCCACUGUAUUGUAUUGAUUUUGCUCUUGAAUAUUGGCUUAGCGUUAAGCCAGCUAAAGCUGUAACUGACUGUAGACCCUGAUUAAAGUCCAAAUGUUCUGUUUGUGUUCAGAUGAAGUGCUGUAAGUACUGGCCCGAGGACAGUGAACUCUAUGGAGACAUCAAGAUCACACUGCUGAAGACGGAAACCCUGGCCGAGUACACCGUCCGCACCUUUGCUAUGGAGCGGGUGAGCAAAUAGUCAAAGUCCUUCUAUCUAACAAAUAAUAAAUCAUUUGGAUCAUUUAAUAGUGUUUUCUUUACUCUAUUUGUUCAGCCAGGUGGUUUAUUGAGAACACAGCCUUUAUAGAGGCAUUGAUAUCUUAACAAAUAAUGAAUCAUUGGUCCUUGGAAUUGUUCCAAUGUUUAAAUAGAGAUGUCUUAAUGAAUGUCCUACUGUGCCAACUGUAGGUGUCUGUUUGCUGAUAAUGAUAUUCAUUAGACCUUCUGUAUUUUCCUUUCCAGAGGGGCUACCCAGCCAAACAUGAGGUGUGUCAGUUCCACUUCACCUCCUGGCCAGAGCAUGGUGUUCCCUAUCACGCCACAGGCCUGCUGGCCUUCCUACGCCGGGUAAAGGCCUCCACACCCCCCGACGCUGGACCCGUGGUCGUCCACUGCAGGUAACAGACCAUCUUACAUCAAAUCCUGUCUCUGAGUGAUGCAGUGUUGCUCUUUAUUUUAUAGUUAUCGUUUUGGGUGUAGCUUAGCCUACAGAUGGUCUCUCGCUCCUGAUCUUAUACCCUCACCUCUUUGACCUUGUUGACCUCUAACCCCUGACGUCUCUCCUCUCUGUGUGUUAGUACGUGAGCGUGCAAGACAGGCUGUUACAUCAUGCUGGAUAUGACCUCUAACCUCCAACUCCUAACCCCUGACCUCUCUCCUCUAUGUGUUAGUAUGGGAGCAGGCAGAACAGGCUGCUACAUCGUACUGGACGUCAUGCUGGAUAUGGCAGAGUGUGAGGGAGUGGUGGACAUCUACAACUGUGUCAAGACCCUCUGCUCCAGACGCAUCAACAUGAUACAGACCGAGGUAAGAAUAUAUUAUAUAUAUCAGGGAUGCCCAACCCUUCUCCUGCAGGCUUUCCCUCCAACCCUAAUCUAACACACGUAUUAUCUGAUGACCAUGAUUAGUUUCAGGUAUGUUAGCACAGGGUUGGAGCAAAAGCAUGCAUAAACAAUAUUUCCAGAGGAGGAGGGUUGACCUCCCCUUCUGUAUAUGGUAUACUAUAUAGAGGACCUCGCUCUUACAUCUGAUAACAUUGAUGUUGAAUCUCUUUUCAUAGAAAUGUCCUCCUGUUCAUUUUUUGGUGGUAAAAAAGUGGUAAUUGGAUGCAUCCAUCGGCCACCCGAUUCUGACGUUGGUAAUUUUAUUGAUAUCCUUGCAUCAACCUUGGACUUGAUUAAUAAUGAAGAUAAAAUGUGUUUUCUAUUGGGUGAUUACAACAUAAACGUAUUUAAAAGUGAGAACCACUCACUGAUAUGACUUUUUGAAUAAUUUAUACUCCAGCUAUCUGUAUCCCUUCAUCUAUAAGCCCACAAGAGUGACCAGUUCAUCUGCCACCCUUAUUGAUAAUAUUUUUACAAAUUCUUUGAAUAAUGUGGCUAAUACAUGUAGGUAUACUUUAUACUGACAUUUCUGACCAUUUUUCAAUUUUCCACUUGUCUUUGGGAGCUGGAAAUGAACAGAUGGGAAUGAUUAGUAGCAUUAAGGGUAGAAUAUUUAACUAAGUAAUUGUGAGCGCUUUAAGAUGUUGAUUGGUGAUAUUUCAUUGGAAAAUGUUUAUAAUCAGGCCGAUGUGGAGUCUGCUUAUCAGACAUUUUUACAUCUUUCAAUUCUGUAUUUCACCACUGCUUUCUCUUAGUUAAAAUAAUGUAAGAGAGCAGCGGAAGGGUUCUGGAAACCUUGGUUUACAACCGGUCUAAACAAAAUAAUCAGUUAAAAAAAAUAAAGUUGUGUAAAAAAAUUCUCGACCCUGAAUUCUGCAAAUUACUCACCUUCUUCGGAUAUCCCAAAAUAUAUAUUUUUCUAAUAUAUUCCAAGAAUCCUUAAAUAAUAUGAAGUCAACUUUGAAAAUCAUCAAUCAACUGUUGAAUAAUAAAAAGGUAUCUGCAACUAUCCCAUCUCAAUUUAUUCUUGGAAAUAAGACCUAUAGUGAUCCUGAUGUUAUUUCAUGUGAAUUUAAUAACUUUUUUGUGAAUGAGAAUACUGAUGGAAAUUCCUUGGAUUACAUUAAGGGACAUUUCCCUUCUCUGCUUCAGUUUGAUCCUCCUGAUGUAAUGGAGGUGAUGGAGGUAAUUGGUAAAUUAAAGAUAUUAGCAGCAGGUCUUGAUGAGAUUGGUGCCUCUGUUGAAAUCAGUGUCUUCCUCGAUUACUGAGCCUCUAAUCAAUGCAAACUGGUAUUGUUCCUAAAGAUUUGAAAAUUGCCAAAGUUAUCCCAGAUCUUUUCUAAAUUAUCGCCCAAUAUCUGUACUACCAUGUUUUUCAAAAAUCCUAGAAAAAUUGGUGUAUAAAAGAAUGUUGAAACAUUUAAAUCAACACUGUAUUCUAUAUGAGUUGUUCGUAAAAACAACUCCACAGAUAUGGCUGUUUUGCAACUUGUGGAAUAAGUCUUUACAGCCCUGAACAAUGAAUACGCUCUUGUAUCUUUUUAGAUUCAUCCAAAGCGUUUGACACGGUUGAUAAUGAAAUAUUACUUUCUAAAUUACAUUAUUACGUUUUUCAUGAUUAUACAUAAUUGGCUAAAUACAGUGGCUUGCGAAAGUAUUCACCCCCUUAGCAUUUUAACUAUUUUGUUGCCUUACAACCUGGAAUUAAAUUGAUUUUUUGGGGGGUUUGUAUCAUUUGAUUUACACAACAUGCCUACCACUUUGAAGAUGCAAAUUUUUUUUGUGUGUGAAAAAAAACAAGAAAUAAGACAAAAAAACAGAAAACUUGAGCGUGCAUAACUAUUCACCCCCCCCAAAGUCAAUACUUUGUAGAGGCACCUUUUGCAGCAAUUACAGCUGCAAGUCUCUUGGGGUAUGUCUCUAUAAGCUUGGCACAUCUAGCCACUGGGAUUUUUUCCCAUUCUUCAAGGCAAAACUCCUCCAGCUCCUUCAAGUUGGAUGGGUUCCGCUGGUGUACAGCAAUCUUUAAGUCAUACCACAGAUUCUCAAUUGGAUUGACGUCUGGGAUUUGACUAGGCCAUUCCAAGACAUUUAAAUGUUUCCCCUUAAACCACUCAAGUGUUGCUUUAGCAGUAUGCUUAGGGUCAUUGUCCUGCUGGAAGGUGAACCUCCGUCCCAGUCUCAAAUCUCUGGAAGACUGAAACAGGUAUCCCUCAAGAAUUUCCCUGUAUUUAGCGCCAUCCAUCAUUCCUUCAAUUCUGACCAGUUUCCCAGUCCCUGCCGAUGAAAAACAUCCCCACAGCAUGAUGCUACCACCACCAUGCUUCACUGUGGGGAUGGUGUUCUCGGGGUGAUGAGAGGUGUUGGGUGUGUCCAGACAUAGCAUUUUCCUUGAUGGCCAAAAACCUAAAUUUUAGUCUCAUCUGACCAGAGUACCUUCUUCCAUAUGUUUGGGGAGUCUCCCACAUGCCUUUUGGCGAACAGCUUUGAAGCUUUGAAGCUCCUUCAGGGUUAUCUUUGGUCUCUUUGUUGCCUCUCUGAUUAAUGCCCUCCUUGUCUGGUCCGUGAGUUUUGGUGGGCGGCCCUCUCUUGGCAGGUUUGUUGUGGUGCCGUAUUCUUUCAAUUUUUUAAUAAUGGAUUUAAUGGUGCUCCGUGGGAUGUUCAAAGUUUCUGAUAUUUUUUCAUAACCCAACCCUGAUCUGUACUUCUCCACAACUUUGUCCCUGACCUGUUUGGAGAGCUCCUUGGUCUUCAUGGUGCCGCUUGCUUGGUGGUACCCCUUGCUUAGUGGUGUUGCAGACUCUGGGGCCUUUCAGAACAGGUGUAUAUAUACUGAAAUCAUGUGACAGAUCAUGUGACACUUAGAUUGCACAGGUGGACUUUAUUUAACUAAUUAUGUGACUUCUGAAGUUAAUUGGUUGUACCAGAUCUUAUUUAGGGGCUUCAUAGCAAAGGGGGUGAAUACAUAUGCACGCACCACUUUUCCGUUAUUUAUUUUUUAGAGUUUUUUUAAACAAGUUAUUUUUUGAAUUUCACUUCACCAAUAUGGACUAUUUUGUGUAUGUCCAUUACAUGAAAUCCAAAUAAAAAUCAAUUUAAAUUACAGGUUGUAAUGGAACAAAAUAGGAAAAACUCUAAGGGGGAUGAAUACUUUUGCAAGGCACUGUAGUUAUGUUUAUGAUAGAGAACAGUUUGUUUAUGCAAACGGCUGUGCAUCUACUAGGGCCAAGAUAUCCUGUGGCAUGCCACAGGGUUUGAUAAUUGGACCUUUGUGAUUCCUAAUCAAUAUCAAUGACCUUGCUGCUGUGUCUUCUACCGUACUUCCCAUUCUCUUUGCUGAUGAUAUCAAUUUGAUUUUAUCACACAAUAAUUUUGACUCACUAAUUAAUGAAGCCAACUCAGGCAUGGCCACAUUUUCUGAAUGGUUCCAGAUAAACAAAUUAUCUUUAAAUCCAACUUAAUUGUAUUCACUAUUAAGAAUAAGAAAUAUUGUAAAAAAAGAGCCAGAAUCUCAAUUGGUGGGAAUUAAAUGGAACAAGUCACAUCCACUAGAUUCCUCUGAGUUCUAAUUGAUGAAAAGUUAUCCUGGAAAUAUCAUAUUCAAUUUGUCUGCAGCAAAGUGAUGAAAUCUGUUGGUAUCAUCAGAAAGAUUAGUUGUUUGGUUCAUCAGGCUUGCUUCCUAACUCUAUACUAUAGCUUAAUUUACCCAUAUAUAAUUUACUGUAAAAUUGUCUGGGCCAGUACAUAUGCCUCCUAUCUACACAAAUGACUCAUCAUACAAAAUACAUUUGCAAGACUAGCCACCUCCUCUAUUUACCUGGCUCCAUCUGCACCUUUGUUUAAGAAACUCAAUAUCUUGUCUAUUUACAACAUUAAUGUAUGGCAAUUCUGCACUUGUAUCUACAAAUACUCAUACCUCCCAGACAGUUUACCUAAACCCUUCAAUGGAUUCUUCCAGGUUAAUUCUGAAAUCCAUCUAUAUAACACAAGACACUGCGUUAUCCUUCACCACCCACACUGCCGCACCUCAAAUAGUCAAUUCUGUAUCAGAUAUAGAGGUACCAUACUCUGGAAUUCUUAUUUGCCAAAACAUCAUCAUUCAUCAAUAACUUCAAACGAAGACUGGUGGGUCAGCCUAAUGAACCAAACUACUCAGUAAUCCUCUCCGUAUAGCCUAAUUCUCACACACUCAUAUGCACACAUGCACACACACAUUUAAACAAAACAUAUAUAUAUAUAUAUAUAUACACUACCGGUCAAAAGUUUUAGAACACCUACUCAUUCAAAGGAUUUUCUUUAUUUUAACUAUUUUCUUACAUUGUAGAAUAAUAGUGAUGACAUCAAAACUAUGAAAUAACACAUAUGGAAUCAUGUAGUAACCAAAACAGUGUUAAACAAAUCAAAAUAUAUUUUAUAUUUGAGAUUCUUCAAAUAGCCACCCUUUGCAUUGAUGACAGCUUUGCACACUCUUGGCAUUCUCUCAACCAGCUUCACCUGGAAUGCUUUUCCAACAGUCUUGAAGGAGUUCCUACAUAUGCUGAGCACUUGUUGGCUGCUUUUCCUUCACUCUGCCGUCCGACUCAUCCCAAACCAUCUCAAUUGGGUUGAGGUCGGGGGAUUGUGGAGGCCAGGUCAUCUGAUGCAGCACUCCAUCACGCUCCUUGUUGGUAAAAUAGCACUUACACAGCCUGGAGGUGUGUUGGGUAAUUGUCCUGUUGAAAAACAAAUGAUAGACCCACUAAGCCCAAACCAGAUGGGAUGGCGUAUCGCUGUAGAAUGCUGUGGUAGCCAUGCUGGUUAAGUGUGCCUUGAAUUCUAAAUAAAUCACAGACAGUGUCACCAGCAAAGGACCCCCACGCCAUAACACCAACUCCUCCAUGCUUUACGGUUGGAAAUACACAUGCGGAGAUCAUCCGUUCACCCACGUCUCACAAAGACACGGCGGUUGGAACCAAAAAUCUCCAAUUUGGACUCCAGACCAAAGGACAAAUUUCCACCGGUCUAAUGUCCAUUGCUCGUGUUUCUUGGCCCAAGCAAGUCUCUUCUUAUUAUUAGUGUCCUUUAGUAGUGGUUUCUUUGCAGCAAUUCGACCAUGAAGGCCUGAUUCACACAGUCUCCUCUGAAUAGUUGAUGUUGAGAUGUGUCUGUGACUUGAACUCUGUGAAGCAUUUAUUUGGGCUGCAAUUUCUGAGGCUGGUAACUCUAAUGAACUUAUCCUCUGCAGCAGAGGUAACUUGUUGGUCUUCCAUUCCUGUGGCGGUCCUCAUGAGAGCCAGUUUCAUCAUAGUGCUUGAUGGUUUUUGCGACUGCACUUUAAGAAACUUUCAAAGUUCUUGAAAUGUUCCGUAUUGACUGACCUUCAUGUCUUAAAGUAAUGAUGGACUGUUGUUUCUCUUUGCUUAUUUGAGCUGUUCUUCCCAUAAUAUGGACUUGGUCUUUUACCAAAUAGGGCUAUCUUCUGUAUACCACCCUACCUUGUCACAACACAACUGAUUGGCUCAAACGCAUUAAGAAGGAAAUAAAUUCCACAAAUUAACUUUUAAGAAGGCACACCUGUUAAUAGAAAUUGAUUCCAGGUGACUACCUCAUGAAGCUGGUUGAGAGAAUGCCAAGAGUGUGCAAAGCUGUCAAAGCUGUCAAGGCAAAGGGUGGCUAUUUGAAGAAUCUCAAAUAUAAAAUAUAUUUUGAUUUGUUUAACACUUUUUUGGUUACUACAUGAUUCCAUAUGUGUUAUUUCAUAGUUUUGAUGUCUUCACUAUUAUUAUACAAUGUAGAAAAUAGUACAAAAUAAAGAAAAACCCUGGAAUGAGUAGGUGUGUCCAAACUUUUGACUGGUACUGUAUAUUAAUUCAUUUAUACAUUUAUAAUUAGGAGGUUUUGUUAUCUGUUUUAACAAACCUUUUUAUUUUUACUUAUUUAUUGUAUAUUGUUUUUUUGUGUUAUGGUUUUCAUAUAAGCCCUUGGGCUUCCAACCACACCUGCACACCGUGUUAUUUUUUGUUUUUAUUUGUUUUUAUCUGUAUUAUUGUCUCACUUGUUUUUUCUUUGGUGGCUCUUUUGAUGUAUGUUCUAACACCCUCUCCUUUCCCAGUUUUUAGACUGUUAAAGGUUUGCAAAACAACAUUUGUGUGUGGGCAUAGUGAUGUGAAGAAAGUUGACAAUUAGUCGACAUUAACAACAGUAAUCAGAUCCCAAUGUUACACUCCCCCCCAAACCGCUAGCAAUUAUGGUUCUAUAAUCAAAACCAGAUAAUAGGCGUUUCUUGUUAGUUUCUCAAUCUCACUGUCUUGUCCCUCCCUCCCUCCCUCCCGUCCAUCCUUCCUCCUUCCUACCUUCCAUCCCCAACCCCCCCACCUCCCUCCCUCCCCCCUACCUCCCUCUCUCAGGAGCAGUAUGUGUUCAUCCAUGAUGCCAUCCUGGAGGCCUGCCUGUGUGGAGAGACAGCUAUACCAGUUAUUGAGUUUGCUCUGACCUAUAAGGAGAUGCUGAGGGUUGACUCACAGAGCAACACCUCCCAGCUACGAGAGGAGUUCCAGGUAAGACUAGUAGGAUGUUUUGUAAACAUUGUUUUAGCAACCAGAAACUAUCUGACAACUUGAAUUUGACUUCUUUCCCAAUACGUCUUGAUGUCCUCGAUAUGGUUUGUAAAGAAAAUGGUUGGAGAUUAUGUUUAUUCUAACAGUGGAAUUCAUUUCACAUAAUAAUUAUGUUAUUCUCUUACUAGUAUUAAUGGUGCAAACUUAGAUCCACUAACUCUCACCAAACCACUAGUCAUGGCACAGUACAGUACCAUGCCCUUAGCUGUAUUCAUGGUCUAUUGCAGCAGUCUGAGGUCGUAAAUUGCAUUUUACUGUAUAUUACAGUAAUUCCUAUUUCUCUAUGAGAUGAUCUUAGUUAAUCUGGCUAGAUGGAUCUUCCUCCUCUUCCAUUUUAUUGACACAAAUCAUUAGUGACCUUUACCAUGCAUAAUUACAGCUACUUAUCUUUUUCAGACCAGGCUAAUAAAUACAUUCAUGACAGUUAUUAUAGUUCAAUGAAAUACCCUCACUGAAAUCAGAUAUUUAGGAUGCAUCCCAAAUGGCACCCUAUUCCCUGUACAAUGCACUAUGUUUGACCAGUCCUAUGGUCCCUGGUCAAAAGUAGUACAUUAAAUAGGGAAUAGGGUGCCAUUUGAUUACCGAUUUAUCAUUUCAACACAUACUGUAUCUCCAAGAUGUAAUCCUGAUGCAAUGUAAAUUAGUAAUAAUUAUAAUGCACCAUUCAUACUGUCAAACUUAAUAGGGAGUUAUUAUUCAACACAAUACACAGCAAGUUAAAUAAUCAUUUUAAUUUCCCCUCCAAUUUCAAUUCCCAAAGCCUCAUAAUGUGCUUAUUUAUAAUGCAUGUGGUUUGUGAUUAAAUGUUUUUAUCCUUUAAGCCCCUUCAUAGUUUUUUGACUGAUGCUAAAUGCAUUUUAAAGUUUCAGCCAGAUGAUGAUUAGACAGUUGUCUGUCUCUCUCUCUCUCUCUCUCUGCCUCUCUCUCGCUCCGUCUGUCUCUCUGUCUCUCUCUGUCUCACUGCACUCCUCUCAAUUUGUCUCUUCCAUCUCUCCCAAAUGUCUCUCACAUUCCCACAUCUCCUCUUCUCCAUCAUCCUCUUCUACCUUGUCUGUGCCCCUUCAUCUCACCCUCUCUCUCCUUCUUUAUCUCUCUCCAUCCCUUCCUCCCUCUCUCCAGACGUUGAACUCUGUGACCCCUCACCUGGACGUAGAGGAGUGCAGUGUGUCCCUGUUGCCUAGGAACCGCGAGAAGAACCGUAGCAUGGACGUCCUGCCUCCCGACCGUGCCCUGGCCUUCCUGGUUACCACUGAGGGCAUUGCCGAGGGGAACAACUACAUCAACGCCGCUCUCACCGACAGCUUCCACCGGCCCGCCGCCUUCGUGGUCACGCCACACCCGUUACCGGGAACCACGGCAGACUUCUGGAGGCUGGUCUAUGACUAUGGAUGUACCUCAGUGGUGAUGCUCAACCAGAUCAACCAGUCCAACUCUGCCUGGGUGAGAAGAGGGGAGGUGAGGGGCAGAGCAUUGAGGAAGGAAGUGGGGAGUGAAUUGAUGAACUGACUGACUGACUUACUGACUGAGGAAGCCCUGUGGCUAUUAGGUACCGGUCAAAUCUCUCAUCCUCAUACGCGAUUGGUCAAAGCUGUACUCUGACCAAUCCCAUGUCAUAGCUAUCUUAAGCUGAAUGCACUAACUGUAAGUUGCUCUUGAUGGGAACGUCCGCUAAAUGACAAAAAUGUAAAUAGCAAGCUGAUUUAUAGCCUUUGUGUAGAUUAAUUAAUAAGAUGAUACAUUUUUUGCCUGCUUGUCAGGGCAUUACCACAUCCUUAUCAUUCUGUUUUCACCCCGUCUCUCCCUCAUCUAGCACGUCACCCGUGUGCUUGCUCAUGUGUGGGUUUGUCUGUGGCCUUCUUAUCUUUCACCUGUCACUGUGUCAUGGUGCUGGGUUGGCUAACGUUUACUCCAUUGCUCUCAUUUAGAACUGGCUGUCUCUCUCGUCUACUCUCGCUCUUUCUCCUCAACUCUCUCUCCUUCCUCGACCCUUUCUCUCCACUCACUCUCUUUCUUUCUCCUUACUUUUCUCUCCAUCUCUUCUCUUGUUCAUCCUCCAUGUAUCGUCUCUGUCCUGCUAUCCUUCUCUGCCAUGUCUUAAUUGCUCUCUUUUUCCCCUCUCUCUCUCUCGCUCUCUCUCCUCCUUUCCCUCAUCUCUCCUCUCUCUCUCUUCUUUCUUUCUUUCUUUCCCAUCCCCCUCUCCCUCCUUCCCUUUCUCUCUCUACCUGUAGAUUAACAGUGUACCCCAGUCGUCUGUGCUACCUGUCUCUGUGUAUAAAUAUUUAUCUCUCCCUUUGCCCCCGUCACCUCGUUAAUACCUCUCUGUCAAUGUGACAGGACAUUAUCGCUACCUUGUUCCUCCCCUGGGCCUCCUGCUCCCUCCCUCUAUCCCUCCCUCCCUCCCUCCCUUUCUGCUCCCCUCUCCGUCCCCCACGCUGUCACAGCUAACACUGUCAGCAAUUCAACACUACACUCCCCAGUGUCUCCAUCCCUCCGUUCCUCCCUUCGGUUGUCGAGAGUCUUUGAAGCAGCUGCGACCUGUAUUGACUAAAUACUUUGGCCCGGUCUGUGUGCUCUGUGCACCAAUCCCUGAUUGACUCCAUGUGUAUCUCUCCCAGUUGCUGCUGAGGUUUUCCCCCCUGACCACACUGCAUUAAUUUAUAAUGGGCUAAUGGUAAUGAUUUAGAGUGAUUAAUUAUUCAAAAGAUGUGAAAUGCUAUAAAACUGUGUGUGUGUGUGCGUGCGUGCGUGCGGUGUUAUGGGAUUGAUUGUACUCAGUGAUGACGGUGUUUUCUGCUCAUGCAAUUAACAUUGCUGCUAUUGGUUGGAUAAUUGUGGAUCUGCCUAAAUGUCUGUCCUGUCGAUCCUCAGGUGUCUUGUUAUUGACUUCUGCCAUCCUGCUCUGUGACAUAAUGAUUUGAUUUCACUCCUCCGCCUCCAUAGUCCGCUAAUCACCGGUUAUCUUCCUUCUUUCUCUUCCUAUUUUUUUUCUCUCUCUCUCUCUCUCUCUCUCUCUCUCUCUCUCUCUCGCUCUCGCUCUCGCUCUCGCUCUCGCUCUCUCUCGCUCUCUCACUCACUCAGCCGUGUCUACAGUACUGGCCAGAGCCUGGGCUGCAGCAGUUUGGACCAAUGACAGUGGAGCUCCUGUCCAUAAUGGCUGAUGAUGACGUCAUAAUUCGUCUGUUCCGGGUUCAGAACAUCAUGCGGGUAGGUCGUGGUCAAUGACAGACCGGCUGUCAAAGUCCCUUUUUUUGCUCUUAUAAGUUAAGGGACUACAGUUGAAAAUUAACCGGCUGACACAGCCAGUCUGACAGUUUAGUCGUAUCUCUUUAAUUUGGUGAUGUUCUUUAAAACAUAUUUAUCCGUUGUCUCUUCAUGCGUAUUUAGUAGAGAGCCUAAUGGCCCCUUUUAUCUUUUCGUAGUCUGUCUACUGAACAUGGGAGAUGAGGCAUGCAUUAGUCACUCCAUAGAUUUAGAAUGAUUGUCAAUUACCUAAAAUGUAUUUUUGACAGUGUAACGAUGAAAUUAUCAAAUUAUCAGCCUUUUCAAUGCCUGUGAAAUCAUUGUAGGUGCGUUGUGGUCUUUUCUUUUGGAGUGUGUGUGUUUGCGUGCGUGUGUAAGUGUGUAUGCGUGUGUGUGUCUAUGUCUGUGUGUGCUGUAUUACCAUAGCUGUGUGCCUCUCUCCUAGCCGUUGACUGCGUGUUGUCUUCGUGAUUGUAACUAGCUUAGUCUCCCAGCGUUGAUCAGACAGGCACUUCCCAACACCCCUAGCAAAACAACCCCUCCUGUCACCUAGCCUCCCUGCCUCUGUUUCCCUACCUCUCCCUCCUCACCCCCUGUCACCUAGCCUCCCUGCCUCUGUUUCCCUACCUCUCCCUCCUCACCCCCUGUCACCUAGCCUCCCUGCUCUGUCUCCCUACCUCCCCCUUCUCACCCCCUGUCAGGUAUAGUGUCCCUAAUCCCUCUCCUUGCCUACACUUAGAGCAUCCCCUCCUCCCCCUGCCUCACCCUCAUGUCAUCCCGCUGUCACCUCCGUCAGAGCCCUGUCCCGCCCUGUCCCCCCAGGAGGGGGAGGCCCUGUCACCCCCCAGGAGGGGGAGGCAGCUGUCAAACGAUCCCCACUGCCUUUUCACAGGAUCCCACUGAUCCUACCAAUCAGAGCUGUCCAGCAACAGGAACAGGGAGGGAGGAUGAUGCACAAUUUCCCAGCAAGGUAUUCUAUAUCAUGGUAUAAAGGGCGGCAGGUAGCCUAGCGGUUAGGGCAUUGGACCAGUAACCGAAAGGUUGCUAGUUCGAAUUCCCGAGCAGACCAGGUGACGUGCACUUAACCCGAAUUGCUCCAGGGUUGCUGUUGAUAGUGACUGACCCUGGCCGUGACCCCACUCUCCGAAGGGUUCUCAGAGGGAGUUGGGAUAUGCAAAAAAACAUAUUUCCAAUUCAGAAAUGCGUAUUAAUUUAGGACAAGUCAAUUACCGUAAUUUUCGGACUAUAAGCCGCGCCUUUUUUCCCAUUUUUCGACCCUGCGGCUUAUAUAACGGUGCGGCUAAUCUAUGGAUUUUUACAGCUAACGGCCACUAGAAGACCUCCUAAAUCUAUGGAUUUUACAGGUUACAGUCCACCAACUUUAACUCUAUGGGCUCUAUGACCGGUCCGCGCCCCCCACCUUUAAGCGGUGGGCUCCAGCAGGAAAAGCUGGAAGCCUGAAAAGAGUGAGACAGGUAGCGCGCAAAAGUAAAAGUGGAACCGAGAGUGGUACGAGAGACAGAACGAGAGACAGAACGAGAGCAAGACAGACAGACAUUACGAGAGCGAGACAGUUUGUCUCUUUCCCGACAAUCCCCUCUGUGCACGAACCCUUACAUAUGGUAAUUAAACAUUAAAACACCUGCGGCUUAUAGUCCAGUGCGGCUUAUAUAUGUACACAUCAUUCAAUAUCAUUCAAUUUAGCUGCUGCGGCUUAUACUCCGGUGCGCCUUAUAGUGCGGAAAAUACGGUACUUUAUAUAAGAAUGGAGAAAGCCAUCGAUCACGUGACACCAUGUAUUCCUAUGUGAAUACUCAAUAGUGCAUUGAAGUCAAAUUAAGUCAGUUAAGAUGGCGUCCCAUGGAGACAUAACAUGCGCAGUUUGAGCUACUCUAGGAAGUGACGUUGCAGGCUAGCUCAGUGCUGCCCCCUGUCAUUGAGUAACUCAAGUUUGAAAGCCAACCGGGGUACUGAAGGCUGCCAUUAGCAACUCAACUAUCCUUAUACCUUCUUCUGUGUGCGAUUUUAAAAUAAUCAGUUCAAGGAAAUACAUCAGGUGUAUUAGAAGUAAUUAUUGGUACAGUGAUUGUAUUUAAAACAUGUUUUUAUUUACACAAAGCUUGACCACGAAGAUUGCCAUUUUUCCAUUCACAAUAAUGGGAGUACCACGGUCUGCCUUGAAAUAACGUGGCUUCAAUGAGAGGGGGCAGUCGUUCUCCCCUGGGACAAAUAUAAGCACCCACCAAAUUAUUAUUAUUAUUAUUAUUAUUAUUAUUAUAAGCACUAGACCACUACACUACUAUACCAGAGACUGGAGUGAUAGGAGCCAAGAGAGAUGGUGGCAGGUCUUUGCCAUUUCUACCAGUGUCCUUCUGGGUUAGAGUUGUCCACUCUAGGAUGCCAUACAUGUCUGAAAGGUGUGGAUCGUGUGCUGUGAUGUGUUGUGUGUGUUCCCAUCGAGUGCUUGACAAGUCUGUUAUUUGGGAUCUAACACAAUAUUAUCGUUGUCCUCUCUUUCUGUCCUUGCUCCCCCCCCCCCAGCUCCAGGAAGGUCAGCUGGUGGUUCGUCAUUUCCAGUUCCUGCGCUGGUCUCCAUACCGUGACGUCCCAGACUCUAAGAAGGCUUUCCUCAGCCUCCUGGCCCAGGUCCACAACUGGCAGAGAGAGUGUGGAGAGGGACGUACCAUCGUCCACUGUCUGUGAGUUUACCACUGUCCACCAUUUCACUCAUAAAAUCUUUAUCAUUCCCAAGGGAAGUUUGGUUUGCAGAUAGGAUACACAGAAACGAUUCAAACAACCUGUGCACUGCAAUUGUUAUCAGCGAGCGUGAUCUACAAAAACGUUGAGGAAAUUGGUUUAAGAAGUUUACUGCUGUGCGCUAGUCUGAAUAAUUCUCGGGCCAUACUGACACUAUACAAAAAAAGAAAAUCACACUAAAGGUGUCAUUGGCUCUUGUUGACUCCUGUUGUGAACAUACUGUACAGAAAGCAGGUGGCAGCCAUCGAUUGUCAAAACAGAGUUCACAAGACACAGAACUCUGUGACCUUGCAAAUAGAUUCAUCAAAAGAACAUGACUCCCUGCAAAAAGAUUAAUGCAACCAUACCAAAAGAGUCCAAGCAGACAAAACUGAAAACUCAAAAUUAGAAGUACAACUAUCCAAAGGUGCAGAAUUAUGGCCAAUUACUCUACUUUUAUGCAUAUUUCACCAAACAAUUUCAUACAUAUCAAAUCCAAUAUUAUUCCUGAUAAAACAUUUAAUUAAAAUAAGCACAUUGUGUGCACGAUCCAUUCAUCGGUAUCAUCACAAUCCAAUUCCAUGUAUUGAAUACUAAGGCUGGUUUGAACAUUGUUUUGUAGACUUUCCAUUGGUGCACAGAAACACUAUCCACAAUAGAAAUAAGGAAAGGUGAAUACAAUGGAGGAACGCAGCUGAUAUGAAUGUACUGUAUAGGCCUCAAUCCACAGCAGAGCAAAGCUUUAUAAUGGAAGGUCACAAUGUCGAAGAUGAUGACUAAGGAGCAGUGUUGGAGGUAAGGCAUUACAAAGUAACGUGUUACAGUAAUAAUAUUACUUUUUGCGGUAACGAGUAAUAUAACAGAGUUACUGUUCCAAUUUGCAUAAUACUAUUACAAUUACUGAUCAAAUAAAUAAAUUGUUACUUUUAUUUGUGAUCAUUAUUCCCUCUGUUGGCGCAAUAUAAAAAAGUAGGAGAAAAUUGUACGAAUAUAACUGUAAAAUGUGAACUAUGCCCAGGCGAGAAACACCUCUCCACUGCUAGAAACAUGACUUCCAAUCUCUUGAAGCACCUGCAAAGGCAACACGCCAACACAAAACUUUUAGCGAAAGACCCCCGAGACCUGACCACGGCUGCUGAAGAUGACUGUAGGCCUACCUCAUUCAAACAAUCAAGGCUUGAUUUGAAUCGUUCAGGAGGACCAGGGAGAGCUGAACAAGCUUGUAGCUCGGUAUGUAUUCGAGGAAAUGAUGCCCUUAUCCUCGGUAGAAUCCCCCUAUUUCAUCCUCCAGCAUGACCGGUUUGGCGGUGGGUCAGUCAUGGUGUGGGGUGGCAUUUCUUUGGGGGGCCGCACAGCCCUCCAUGUGCUCGCCAGAGGUAGCCUGAUUGCCAUUAGGUACCGAGAUGAGAUCCUCAGACCCCUUGUGAGACCAUACGCUGGUGCGGUUGGCCCUGGGUUCCUCCUAAUGCAAGACAUUGCUAGACCUCAUGUGGCUGGAGUGUGUCAGCAGUUCCUGCAAGAGGAAGUCAUUGAUGCUAUGGACUGGCCCGCCCGUUCCCCAGACCUGAAUCCAAUUGAGCACAUCUGGGACAUCAUGUCUCGCUCCAUCCACCAACGCCACAUUGCACCACAGACUGUCCAGGAGUUGGCGGAUGCUUUAGUCCAGGUCUGGGAGGAGAUCCCUCAGGAGACCAUCCGCCACCUCAUCAGGAGCAUGCCCAGGUAUUGUAGGGAGGUCAUACAGGCAUGUGGAGGCCACACACACUACUUUUGACUUGUUUUAAGGACAUUACAUCAAAGUUGGAUCAGCCUGUACUACUGUGGUUUUCCACUUUAAUUUUGAGGGUGAAUCCAAAUCCAGACCUCCAUGGGUUGAUACAUUUGAUUUCCGUUGAUAAUUUUUGUGUGAUUUUGUUGUCAGCACAUUCAACUAUGUAAAGAAAAAAGUAUUUAAUAAGAUUAUUUCAUUCAUUCAGAUCUAGGAUGUGUUAUUUUAGUGUUCCCUUUAUUUUUUUGAGCAGUGUAUAUUUGAUCAUUGCUGUUCUGCUACAGUAUAGAUACAUUUCAACACAGGUCCAAAAAUUGCUUGUGCGCGAUUGAGAAAAACUGUAAUCUGAGGUCACACCUUGCUUCAGUAGAUUGUGUUAUUGUGUUGGUUCCGGUCCCACUUGGUAGUUUAACAACCAUCAAAAUCACAUGUUUUUGAACCAUUACUUUUUACUCUUUAAAGCACUGAGCCUGCCUGUGUGUAGUGUUAAAUGUGGCAGGAUAAAACGUAAACCCCCAAGUGUUCACUACUACACUCCUCAGUUUUCAUAAUUACUAUAAAAGGGAUCCGCUCUAGGCUGUAGUUCCCCAGCCUCUCCUACACUUCAGCUACGCUACAUAUCUCUAUCCAGCCUGGAUUGGUCUCUGGGGUCGACAUGCUAAAUCUGCGUCCCAAAUGGCACCCUAUGCCCUAUAUAGUGCACUAUUUUUGUCCAGAGCCAUAUGGGCCCUGGUUAAAAGUAGUGCACUACCAUAGGGAAUAGGGUGCCAUUUGAGACGCACCCCUGUAUUAGAUUUCCUUCCUCGUUUCUGGAUUUAAUGAGAAACAUUCCUCCGAUGCUAGUCUUCAAAGUUCUCCCCGUUGCUGUUUUUCUGACAGCCUCCUUGAUCUGAGUCUCAGACUGAGCUGUGACAUUUCACUUUAUGGCUCCAGCCUCCGUCUCUGCCCUGCAUCCUAGAGACGUGACUCACAUUGAUGUCUGUGUCUGACUGUCUCUCUGUUUGUGUCAAUGUCUGUGUUUGUUUCUCUAUCUCUCUAUGGGCAUGUGUCUGUGUGUCUGUCUGUGCUGGUUUUUGCGCCAUAUACCCAGGUUUCGCAAUCUGAAUUAUUCGGGCACAUUUCGCAACACAGGCUCCUCUCUCAGUGGUCACAAAGUGUAUACAUAAUGACUCAUAAGCACUGACCCACGUGUCUUGUGUUUCUCCCUGUGUGUGUAACAGUAACGGUGGUGGUAGGAGCGGUACGUUCUGCGCUUGUACCAUGCUGCUAGAGAUGAUCCGUCAUCACAGCGUGGUGGAUGUCUUCUACGCUGCCAAGACGCUACGCAACUCCAAACCCAACAUGGUGGAGACCAUGGUAAGUAAUAACCUUGAUUUAACCAGGAAAUACCCUUUUUAGAACCUCUUUUGGUCGGGAGACCUAAUACGGUGCACAGGAGAAUGCAUGUCUUAAGGCUCAAAGUCAAACUUGCAGUGGUUUACAGUAUUUACAUGCUCAAAUACAGAUCGCUGAUUGAUUGAAUUCAAGCUUUGAUCUAUAGCAAAGUGUCCAUGUAGAGAAAUGUUCACACCUGUGUUGUGUUUGAUUUCAGGAGCAGUACCGGUUCUGCUAUGACCUGGCCUUGGAGUACCUGGACGCCUUGGACUGCCUGAGUGAGAUAGAA